AAAAUCUCGCACAUUAACCUUGCUCUCACAUCUAGUACAAGCGCCUUAGAUUUUGAGGGCAUUGUAAUUUUUUCCCCCUUCUGUUUAGUGGGGAGAAUCGGAUAUUUGUACAUACUCAUCUCUUUCAGGCGUCUGGGGAUUUGGCAGACACAGGUUAGAGACACCCACCAGCGAGCUUCAUUGUUGUCUUUCUGGGAACUCAUCCCCACGAGAGCAGAACCUCUGAGAAAGAAGAAGAAGGUGGAUCCUAAAAAAGACCAAGCUGUAAAGGACCGCUUGAAAAAGAGGAUCCGAAGACUAGAAAAGGCUAGCCAGGAGCUAAUUCCCAUUGAAGAUUUUAUUAUCCCUGUGAAGUUCAUGGAUAAAGUGAGACAGCGGCCUGAGGUAGAGCUCUCCUUCGAGGAGGCAGAACGGAGAGCUUUGCUCCUGAAGAAGUGGUCCCUGUACAAGCAGCGAGAGCAUGAGAUGGAGAGGGAAGCCAUCAAGUCCAUGCUUGAGGCCCAGCAGGAAGCUCUGCAGGAGCUACAACUCACAUCCCAGGAACUCUAUGAGGAGGCCAUCAAGCGGGACUACAGUUUGUUUCCCUUUGAGAGAGAAGGGCCAGCUUACACACCACCAAUCUCCAACUACCAGCCCCCUGAAGGCAGGUACCAUGACAUCACCAAGGUGUACACACAGGUGGAGUUCAAGAGGUAGAACUGCAGGCAGCUGUCUGAACGCGCUGCCCUUGAAAGCCAGAAUGACCAGAGCUUGCUCAAGCCUGCUUGUCACGGAAUUAGGCAUGCUGAGAAUAAAUGUGAGUUUAAUCAAG